AUGCAUGAUUUAAUCAGUGAUAAAAGAUAUAAUUCAAAUUUUAAUAAUAUCUUCUAAAAUUUAUUAAGAUUUUUAAAUUAUUUAUUUUUACGGCUAACCAUUUAUUUAAAAAUCGGCAACGAGGGAGAUGUUACUAAGCAAAAUAAUAAGUAAUUAAGAAAUAUUUAUUUCGCUUAAUUGAAUGUUUGCUUGUUAGUAAUUUAAAAUAAUUCAAAAACUAAAUUAUAAGUUUUCAAAUAUUUUUUUUUAAUUAAAUUAAAUAUCAAUUUAUCUCUCUAUCUAUCAAUCAAUUUAUCAAUCUAUCUUUCAAUUUUGAUAAAAAAAUAUUUACAGAAUUAACUAUCAAGAGAAAGUUCAGUAAAAUAUAGGGAAAAGAGGGGACCUUUAAACUAAUAGUAACCACAGUUUUUAGUAUCAAAGCAAAAUAACAAAUAGAAUCAACCAGUAGAAAUGGAUAUGCAAAAUAAAAUUUAAGAAAUUCUUUCUUUUCAUCUAAGACAUUACACAAAUGAUGAAUAGUAAGAUAUUAUUUAGCGCUUGGCCCUAAUUGGAUUAAGAACUUUGUAGCUAGAAUAAAAAGAGGCAGUUUAAGUUGAUCAAAUAAAUAGAAUUUCAAAUUAAAUUUUUGAGAAAAUGGAUGAAACAGGAAAUCUAAGAAAAGAGUUAUCAAACAUAAAGGAAUAGUUAAAUAAAUUGUCAAACAAAUUUGAAACUCUGAGCUCUGAGAAAAAACAAAACACUGAGCCUAGCUUUAACUGUAAUAAUUUAUCUAGCAUUUCUGCUAGUUCUAUUUUAAAACCAACUAACUCUAUUCCUCCAUAACCUCCUUCAACACGAUAAAAUGCGUUACCUUCGAAAGAUAACAGAUCUAAUUAGUUUUUAUCUUAGCAAAGAUUGCAAUCUUUGCCAAAUUAAUCUAACAAUAAUAGUAAUAUUGUCAAAACUCUCAACACUCCACAAUAAAAUUAAAAGUAACAAAUCAACUUUUAAACUAGUCCUGGUUCUUAGCACAAAUUGUUUGAAACAGACUAAAACUCUUUAUUUACAGCAAAAAAUAUGACCAAGAAACCUUCUUCAGCUUGGAGAAAUGGAGAAAGAUCUAACUCAUUAAAUCAAUAAUCUUCAUAGAAUAAUGAAUAAGUAAGGAGCAAUAGCGAAGAAGCUAGUUCUUUAGUGCUUUAAGGUUUUAAUGACUCAGAAUCUUAAGAUAUUUAAAAAAGAAAAUUUAUUAAAAAUCAUGAGCAAAUAGCUCCAAAAAUCACUGAAACUAUCCCCUCUACUAUAAAGUAUGACUCAGUAAAAACUACAACAAGACACCACUUAGAUGACAAACACAUUAAAGAUGCUUUAUUUUGCAUGAAAGAAGAACCUAGAGUUUAAAAUGCUGAGAAUUUGAAUUAACUCUCAAAACAAAGAAAAAAAUGGGAUUCUGGCUAAUAAGAGCUUCAAAAAAGUGAAUAAGCAGAACCUUUUAAAAAUGAGAUUCAUGAAUAUGUGUCUCUAUCUUCGCAUUAACAGUUCUUACCUACUUAAAUUUAGUAAAGUUAAUAACCUUAAACUUAAAAUUUUAAUAGUGUUGGAAGCAAUAUUAAUAUUGCUGCUUAGUAUCAAAACUCACAUUAAAAAUCAAAUAAUGCAAACUUUACUUCUCCAAAAUUUAAAGAUGGAAGAGAAAACUCAAUAAAUACACAAUACAAUACUACAGAUUAGAAAAAAAACGGGUUCUCAUAAAAUAGUAAUUAAACUAUAGCAAUAAUGAAUUAACCUCCAAAUACAAAUCAAUAUUCUUCUUAGCCACCUUAAUAACAAUAAUAAAUAUAGCAGAAAAAAGUAAAUAGUAAUUAAGGGAGUUAAAAAGAGCAACCAUAAAUAUAAUAACAACAACAAACAAAGUAUGCAACCACAAAGUCUCUUUAGAAAAAAGUAGAAAUAAACAAACAGAAAAAAAUGGAAGAAUCUAAAAAGCAGACUUAGAAAAAACAGUAGCAACCUACUUAUUUGAAGAAUGUUACUUCUAAAAUAAAGGAUGAAAUAAGACUUCAGAAAGAGUCUUUGAAAGGAGGAUUUAACCAUGAUGUGUAAUUUGUCAUAAAGGAAAAAGGUGCUAUGAAUAUGCAAGGAAAUAAAUCACAAACUCGUGUUGUGAAUGGAUCUGAAUUAGAAGAAGACGAAAUGAGACCAUAUUACAAACAUGAUUUACAAUUUAAUUAAGGUGGCUAAGCCUAUAAUGACUAUAUCUAUUAGUAAUAGUAUAACUAAUAAACUUACUAACAAAAGAUCAGCAAAGGAAAUGAACUCUAUUCUAACUUAGAUGAGCCAAAUAAUGUUGAAGAAAACAACAACAAUAGCGAUGAUGAAGAUUCAUCAUACUAGAUUAAUAACUAUAAUUUAAGAAGAAAUCAACAUAAAUUGUUGAAGUAAAAUUCAAGCAACUAAUACUAAAACAUAGAGUAUUAGGGUAAAGAAAUUUCCGAAGAAAUACCACCUGUUCCAAUGAUAGAUGAGUCAUAUAGCGAAUUUAAGAAUAUUUGCUCUUAGUCUCAGAACCAAUAGAAGUACUACUAAUUUUAGAAUGAGAUGAUAGAAGAUUAGUAUUCCAAUUUUGACUAAAAGUCAUCAUAUACUCCAACAAAUUAUCAGGAAGCGAUGAGAAAUAACAACUUUAAUGAAAACAAGCAAAAUUAUAAUGAUGAAAAUUUCAAUUAUAUGAACAUGCCAAAUAAUCCUCACGAUAAGUCUACUAACUCUAAUUAUGGUGAAUAGAAUUCAUUCAAUUACAGAUAUAACGAUCAAAGCAGUAUUUACUCCAAUAAUAAUGCUAAGGGAAAUUAUGAAUAAUAUAGCAACAACAUAAAUAAUACAACUUCAAAUUCCUAGAACUUAUCAGCCAUUGCCAAUAAUAUGCUCCAUAGUCCAAUCAUCAACCAUUUCUCAAACUUAAAGCCAAACAAAAAAGAGACCUGUAUUUCAGACCAAGAUAUUAUAUAACCUGCUAGCAAAAAGUAUUCGCAAAGCAAACCAAUGUUUUCAGAUCAAUCUACCUAUCCCUACUCAAAUAAUGGGUAAAACUAGCUCAAUUAAAACGGGUUUGAUUAGCUAAACGAUUCAUAUCAAAAUUCUUCUUAUCUCUAAUAAUCUGCGAAUGACAUCAGUUAUAAAAAGACACUCAUGAAUCCUCCUCCAUACUAAAAGAAUUUAUCUGAUAAUUUAGACUAAAGUUCAAUGGCACAGGAUAAUUAUGACCAACAAAAUAGAAGUAUAAAUAGUUCUUUAUCCUCAUUCAAGCUUGAUAACAACAUGAAAGAAGUACUACAAAAAGAUAGAUUAUUUUUCUAAAAAAUGUUUGAAGGGGAAGACUAAUUUUCUCAAUAGAAAUUCGAUAACACAUUUACUUCCUAUCAUUAAUCUAACAAUAACUACGGAAAUAUUCUCAAUAGCAAAUCUCAAACAAAGUAGCAGAUAGGAGACUACAUUCAUAAUAGUAGUAAUAAUAAAAUGAAAGAUGACUCUGUGAUUGAUCAUAACCUAAGAAAUCCAUCUCACUACUCUCAAAUAUAAUAAAAAAUGGACUAUAACUAAUCAGCAAACGAUUAUUAAUUUGGAGACGAAGACAUCAACAACGGAAGUACUAUGAUGGAUAAAAGACUAUGCAACUUCUUUGCAGAGCAAUCUUGA